CCACCCCAUUGAGAAUACCAAAUAAAACCAACUCCCACUUCCUCAUUGGCUCAUUCUCUCUUCAGUUUUCUCCCCCCACAACAAUGGCUUCACCCACACCCGAAUUACUCUUCGAUGUCCCCAACUUCAUGCGGGUCUACAAAGACGGCACCGUGGAGAGAUUUAUCGGCACCGAAACCGUCCCCGCUUCCACCGAUCCAACCACCGGCGUCCGAUCGAAAGACGCCGUGAUCGAUCAAGAAACAGGGGUCUCUGCUCGAAUCUACAUCCCCAAAACAACCGCAAACCCGAAUAACAAGAAGCUUCCCCUUUUCGUGUACUUCCACGGAGGCGGUUUCUGCAUGGAAACCGCCGUCUCUCCCACGUACCACCACUAUCUCAAUUCACUUGCCGCGGAAGCUAAUGUCGUUGUUGUCUCCGUCGACUACAGGAGGGCCCCCGAGCACCCUCUUCCCGCUGCCUACGACGAUUCGUGGGCCUCGAUCAAGUGGGCCGCUUCUCACUCCAAAGGAGGUGGUCCCGAGGGAUGGCUAAAUGAAUGCGUUGAUUUCGAUCGUGUGUUUUUUGCAGGGGACAGCGCGGGGGCUAAUAUAGCUCAUCACAUGGGCAUCCGGGUCGGGUCGGAAAACCCGGAUGGUUUCAAGCUUGCUGGGAUUGCUUUAAUCCAUCCGUAUUUCGGAGGGGAGGAACCGAUUGGUGGCGAACGCGAUAACGCCGCUGGCAAAGCGAUGGGUGACAAACUAUGGCUCUUUGCUUGCCCGACAUCAAGCGGGCUGGAUGACCCGUUGUUCAACCCGGGAAAGGAUCCGAAUAUUUCGAAGAUGGGCUGUGGCAAGGUGUUGGUUUGUGUUGGUGAGAAAGAUAUGCUGAGGGAUAGGGGAUGGUAUUACAAGGAGGAAUUGGUGAAGAGUGGGUGGGGUGGGGUGGUGGAGGUUAUGGAGGCUGAAGGGGAGAACCAUGUGUUCCAUUUGAUUAAUCCAACUUGUGACAACGCUGUGGCUAUGCUCAAGAGAUUGGCUGCUUUCUUGAACUGAGAGUACCAACUUAAGCCAAGUUCACGCGGCGAUAAUAACGGUAGGUGUUUGGGUAGUGUACCUCGACCAAUCUCUGGAGACUAAUCUUACCGUCUGGUAGCGGGAGACCUCCGGAUCAGUCUGGAGGGUGUUUGUUUGUGUGUUUUAAGUAUUUGGCCAAUAAUCCUUUGUCUAGGGUACCUUCGUUGCUGCUUUAUCACCUGGUUUAUGCAAUAUCUUGUUUACGUAUUCAAAUUAAGUUAUUUACAUGACAUAGCAAUUCAAAGCGAACGUGAGGUUUUAUA